AUGAAUCGAUAUCCUGAACUAAAACUAUCGUGGUCUGGUGAUUAUGAAUCGCUGAAAUUGUUUGUUGAUAGCGAACUAAAUUUCGAAGGAACUUGGUCAUCGAUCGGUGGGGAGAAAAAGUUGUUUAAAAGCAAAAACGUUGAAAUCCAUUGGUGGGCUAAAAAGAAGUUUCUUAGGAUAGAGGGAAAACAGGCAAGUGAAGUUAAACGUUCAAUUCUGAUGUUGAUUUUGCAUGACAUUGGUUCUGACGACCAUAAUAUUCGCUCGUCUCAUAACAUGUGUAAAUGCCCUGAAGUCAGUUCUGAUAUCGACGGCGUUAAAUUGGAUGUCAUUAUCUUGGAAUCAACAGUGAAACAACAGGCAAAUACGCUUGUUAGUUUGCAGGAAACCUUGGCGAAAUUAGAAGCAUCAACAACCGAUGCAAAAUCUAUACCGUUGGAUCAACUAAGUAAAUCUCCCAAUAAUACAUCGGCUGAAUGUGUUGUACAAUGUACGAAUUAUAAUAGCCCUAUUGCGUCUGUGAUUACACUUACUUGCUUGUAUUUCUCGGACGAACCUGAGCAGAAUAAUACAGACAAUAUAAUCGAAAAGCAGAAUAAUACGGACAGUAUAGUCGAAACCUUAGUAGGAAAGUAUUUGCCUAGUCAUUCCAAGUCAAAUGUUAAGAGUUGUUCAAAUAAUACACCAAUUUUAAAGAACCCAUGUCAUGAUCUGCACCACAAUCCACAAGGCAUUCAGGAUCAAUUAAAUACUAGCCAAAGAAUUGAGAAGGAAU